AUGAUGUCGCACGAUGUCGAUGAGGACCAUAUGGAUCAAUCGAUGGAUGACACUAUGCUUGAUCAAUCAAUCGAUUCAAUAGAGGAUUUAAAACCUGGCUAUCAGUGCCGUUUCUGCCCGACACGUUUCGAUGAACGCCCACAACUUAAUCUUCACUACACGAGUUGCCAUCGAGACAAACCGCAAUACCCAUGCGAAGUGUGUCAUACGAUUUUCGCUGUGAAACGAGAGCUUUCCACCCAUAUGAGGACCCACAGUGGCGGACAACCGCAUACGUGCACUCAAUGCGGGAAAGAAUUCGGAACACGCCAGCUUUUGAAGAAGCAUUGGAUGUGGCACACUGGUGAACGUUCUCAUGUCUGCAAACACUGUAAUAAGGCAUUUUUCCAGAAGGGCCACCUCACUCAGCAUCUCAUGAUUCACUCAGGAGGACGCCCUCAUCAAUGCAACCUCUGCCAAAAGACGUUUAUUUUUCAAGGUAAUUACCGACUACUUUCUCUUCUCUCUGCAAACUGUCAAUGUCCAACCAAAAAAUUCUUGGAUGCCAUUCUAAUAGAAAAAUUUGAACUCCGAGCUGUAGCGUUCUCAAAUCUACUUUUCAGUGCUCCUGGUUCGGCUACACCUCCGAUGAAAAUUGAGCAGCCAUCACCGGUGUUCCCACUGAUUUCUCAACCACUUCUCAAUUUCAAUCAAGAAAACGUGGCUAAGAUGGCACAAUCGUUGAUUGCUCAGCAACAGCAGCGAGCGCUUGCUGCGUUGUUCGCUCGGCAUCAAACCGCUCAGCUGCCACAGCAGCCAGCUGUCGCACCGCCACCGCCGCCACCGCCGGCCCCAACGCCGAUGAUGCCAUCACUGUUCUGCGCGCUCUGCAGUCGUGCGUUCCCAAAUCAGCCAGCAUUCGCCGUUCACAUGUACGUGUGCCAUAUCCAGAACAACAACGCGUCGGCCGUUGCCGAUGAGGCGAAACUUCCCUUGCUAACGCCGGUGAACCCCAUAAAACUGAUCCUGAAGAUGUACAUGUCAACAUUUUAUCGACUGCGACUAACUCCUCUUGUUCAUCGAGGUAAGGACCCUCAAGAGACAUCCUCGACGACCUUUGCUGAGACAUCGCCUAGUCACACCGAAGAAGCUGCCGCUUCUCCCCAUAACGAAUCCAUGCAUUCUCCACCAUCUAGUCAAGCGAAUGAGGGACCGUCGAAGUACUGUACGUCCUGUCGGUUACAUGCCGUGCGUUCAACAGAACUCGAAGCAGCGCUGUUGGCCAAAGGUCAUGAACUGCAGAAAUUCAAGGAGAUGAUGAAAGCGGUAGUGACAACAACUGGCCAAUUACUGAAUCAGUGUUCACCCGAUAAUGUGUUCAUCGCCCAUACGAAGAACAUCUUCGCUCAGCUACAGAACAGUAUCUGUUCAUCCGAAUAG